GAAAGACGAUGGCAGUGGGCCAUCACCCGUUGGGCUCAAAAGCACCUCUGCGAACUGCAGCGUUGGCAGUGGAGACUCUCAGGCUGGUGGAAGGGCCAACGACAUGGCCUUCUUUUUCCAGCCUCCUGAUGUGAAUGGUAAUCGCACACAAGAGAGUGAUGUCCAGAAUGGAGGCUUUUGGGGCCAGAGGGGUGGAUUGGUGGCGCUUGAGGCUGUUGGCAACAGAGGCAUAGCCCCAACUAUGAGUGUCGCUUCUCCAAUGCAAACACCAGGUGACACGCAGGAAGUCCGCCAACUAAAUGAGUCGCUGUCAAAGCUGAAAGGACAAAUGCUGGGAAACGCUGCAGCGGCUGAAGGAGAAAAGAAGCAAGUGGCACAUGACUAUUGCAUGAAGAUUGACGAGCUGCAAAAGGUAGUGCAGGGGCUGCGGCUAGAACUGUCUGAAGCAAGAGCAGGAACGGCUGCAGGCACAACCACCAGCGCAAGCCAGCAGGAAGUUAAGGAGUCCAGAGCGCACUCCCUGGCCCUAGAAUCCGAACUGUGUAAGCUCAGGCGCCAGGUUAUGGCUGAAAGCGAAAGGGCCUUCAAGCUUGAGGAGGAGCUGGCACAGGAGCGACAGUUGCACAAGUCGCAAGAGUCCACGAGUGGGAGGAAUCAACAGAAUCAACAGGCAAAUUUGCAAGAAUCUGCACAGCGCGAAGCUGUCCUGCAAGCUCAGGUUGACGAGCUGCAGCAGAAGCUGGCUGCAGCCAAGCAGCAGCUAUCUGAGCAGUCGACACCCGUUCCAGGGCUAGAAAUGAGCUUUGAAGCUCAGCAAAGGGAGCUGUCUGAGGCCUUUGGCUUUGCAUUCCCGGGAGUGGAUGCAACACCUCAGGUACAUGAGGUGUGCAGUGUAGAAAUACAGACUGAUAGGGUGGCAGAUGAGGUAGAGGAUCGAUCUGGGGCCAGUUGCUUUUGGGAGCUGCAGGAUGAGAGGCAAAGCCAUGCGAAGACCCAGGCUGAACUUGCAAGAUUGCAACAUCUUCUGCAGCAGGUGCGUUUUCAGGAUUUGCUACAAUGGAGCUCUUAA